AUGGAGACUCAGGCACCAGAGAAGGUCUAUGUUGUAAUCGGAUCCGACCCACAAGAUGGAUUCGCAACUCUGGAAUGGGCACUUAGAAAGUGGUCUUUUGAUCCAAUCUCCAUAGUGAUUCUCCAUGCAGCUAACAACUCAUCCAGAGAUUAUGUCUACACACCUUUUGGAAAACUCCCUGCAAGUUCUGUGAGUGAUGAGAAACUGGAAGUUCUCAAGAAGAUAAAGCAAGAGGAAAAUGACAAGCUACUGUCAGAUUACAAAGCCUUCUGUGCCAAGGUCACUGCUGAAAUUCUUAAAAUCGAGAGAUAUGAUGAGCCUCUCCAUAAACACUUGGUGGAGUUGAUCUCAGGGCUCCGGAUAACCAAGUUGGUCAUGGGGAUUACAUUCAUGAAGUCUUUAUCAUGGAAAUGUCGCUGUGAAAUCAAUGGAUUGUUGUAUGUGUACAAGCACAAACCUGAUUUUUGUGAGUUGUUCAUAGUCCGUGGGGGAAAACUGGUUUUCCUGAGGGAAGAAAACAAUGAAGGGUUGAUAGAGGAUGAUCAAGGAGCAGUCAUUUUUUCCAAGUCCAGAGAGAAGGGCAGCGUUAGAGGCUGGUUGGGCAAGAUGCUGGCAGAAGCUGCCACCAACUGGAAGAAUCUCCGAAGCUCGCCAUCGUCUUCACAAUCCAAUGAUUCUCCAGAUCAGUGGGAGAACUAUGUGCAAGAGAUUGAAAAUUAUUUCCUUCAAUUAAGUACCCCUUCAAAUAAUGACCAAGAAGGCUCCGAUGGAGAGCAUGAGCCCUUCUGGGGUAAUGAAGAAGAACCAGAUCAUAUGCCUGCAAACACGACCGCAGCAGAUAGAACUGAAAUGCUGAAGGUUAAACUCAAGAAAGCUCAUGAUAUGAUCCAAUUGAAGAGGAAGGAAACUAAAGCUGACACAGAAAAAUAUGCUAAAGCUGAAUGGGCCAUUUGCUUAUGCACUCGCAGGGCUGAAGAGCUCGAAGCUAGCAUUAAUGAAGAGAUUGCUGCGACGGUUGAUCUGGAGAAGGAAUUAGACUACACAAAAGAAGUCAUCGGCGAGAUUCGGGCUGAGGUUGAAGAGAAGAAGAGCAAGCACAAGUCACUUACGGAACUCCUGCAAGAGCUCUCCGGCAAACUCCAACUCUCCUCUCAGACGAAAUCAUGCCAGGAAACUCAGCUGGAGAGGGUGGUGACUGAAACAGCCCAGAUGAUUUGUGAAAUUGAGGAGCUGAGGUGGCAGAGAGAUAUUUUCAACCGCAGAAUCAAGUUUUGUAUGGAGAAGGACGCCAUUGGAAUGGCUUCAAAGCUGGCCGACCUUGGGUUCAGCUACAAAGAGUUCACGCUGGAAGAGAUCAGAGAGGCCACCGAUGACUUCUCCGAGCGGCUGAGAUUGAAAUCUUCAGGCGACUGGAAAGAUGUGUAUAGGGGAAGGAUUAACCACACAACAGUGGCGAUCAAGCUCUGCAAUUCAGCUCGCGGAAUUUCUCAGGAAGUUUUCCCGGAAAAGGUGAAGUUGCUCAGCCAUGUCCGGCACCCUCAUCUCGUCGCCAUGAUCGGCUUCUGCUCGGAGCCGAAAUGCAUCGUCUAUGAAUACAUGCACAAUGGCUGCCUAAGAGAUGCACUAUUCUCAGUCCGGCAGGGAUCUCGGACUCGGAGCCAGGGUCUCCGGUGGCCGACUCGGAUUCGUAUUGCCGCUGGCGUUUCCUCCGCCCUCGGCUUCCUCCACUCGGCCAAACCCCGGCCGAUUGCUCACAGAAACCUCAACCCCUCCAAAAUCCUCCUAGAUCAUAAUCUCGUUCCAAAAGUCCACGGACUCUUCCGGCGGGGUUGGCGCUCCGGCGAACCUUAUUUGCAGUCGGAUGUUAGGGCUUUUGGCAACCUAAUUAUGCAGCUUCUGACCGGGAGGAACUGGGCCGGGCUCGUCAAAGAGGCGGUGCUGACAGACCGGACUGUCCUCGUCGAGGUCCUAGACGAGAUUGCCGGCGAAUGGCCGCUGGAUUUAGCCGUCGAACUCGCGGGCAUCGGAAUGCGAUGCCUGUCUGAAAACGGGGAUUUGUCAAUGGCAACGGUGUCGAGGGAGGUCGAGCGGGUGAGGGAAAAGACCGACGAAGUCGCCGGAAACAUAGACUGCGAGGUCGCCGCCGCCGCCGUUCCAAUCGAGUUCAUUUGCCCCAUACUUAAGGAGGUGAUGAAGAAUCCGCAUUUGGCCGCCGACGGAUUUUCCUACGAGCUGGAAGCCAUAGAAGAAUGGUUAACGAUGGGGCACGACACGUCCCCAGUGACGAACUUGAAGCUGGGCAACAAUCUGCUCACCCCCAAUCACACUCUCCGGUGGCUGAUCUACGACUGGCAUGACAGAAGAUCGAUUCCUCUCGCAUGA